AUGGCAGAUGUUGUAGUGAUGGUAGAUGUUGUAGUGAUGGCAGAUGUUGUAGUGGUAGCAGUUGGUGUAGUGAUGGCAGAUGUUGUAGUGAUGGCAGAUGUUGUAGUGGCGACAGUUGACGAAGUGGUGGCAGGUGGUACAGUGGCGGUGGCAGCUGGUAUAAAAGGGGUGGCAGCUGGUGGAGUGGCGGCGACUGGUGUAGUAACGGCGGUAGCUGGUGUAGUAACGGUGGCAGCUGGUGUUGUAACGGUGGCAACUGGUGUAGUAACGGUGGCUGGUGUUGUAACGGUGGCAACUGGUGUAACGGUGGCAGCUGGUGUAGUAACGGUAGCAGCUGGUGUAGUAACGGUAGCAGCUGGUGUAGUAACGGUGGCAGCUGGUGUUGUAACGGUGGCAACUGGUGUAGUAACUGCAGCAGCUAGUUAG